UUCAGGUCAGUUCAGCAACCGCCCAUCGGCCGUCACGCGUCUGUCACGCUCCUCAGCACAACCAAUAGCCUCCAGAACCAUGUCCUCUUCUUUGUCUGACGCAGGUGUUGUAGUGAGUGGCUCCCGCACCACGAAGAUCUGUCAUGUAGGGUAGUGGCGGGGUGCUGCUGAGUAGUGAUCGGGUACCCGCGCCACACAGGAACGUAGUGUAGGGUAGAGAUGGGGUGCGGCGCUUCCCGAGUGGUUCAGGCCAUCGAGGAGGAUCCUGAGAAGUCCCCUGCACCCCCUGAUCAGCAGCAGCAGCAGCAUCAGCCUGACGAGCUGACCAGCGUAAGAUCCAACACUCCUGACCAGCCGGACCAGGCCUCUAGGCCGGUCGACCCACCGUCCUCUGGUCCAGUCAUCCAGUCAAAUGGUACAGAGCACUCAGCACCCACCCUUGAGGACAACCUCCCAAAGUCACCCGUGGAACGGAAGGCUCCCCACUCAGGAGGUACCCGCGCUGUGGCCUUUGAGGUAGGGCCACCGGAUGCCUCUGAGUCCUUGAUCCGCCGUCAUCCACCACGCAAAUUCCAGAGACUCGAGGACCAACAGCAGGGCAACACUAUCACGCAGGAGAAACUGGAGGAGAAGCAAGCCACUGCUGAACGCCGUCGUCAAGAGAUCUUGACUCAACGGGUCCAGAGCGCCAAGCACCGCAGCGCCACACGCAUGCGCCCUCAUCCUGAUGAUGCCGACGAAGUGGAGAAGUUCAUGAAGACAGAGGAGCUGGACUGGAUGAGUCUGGUCAACACAUCGCUUCUGCCGCCAGUCAAGCCUAGCACCGCACCGCCCUCCCACCACCAGACUCUCUCCUGUGUGUCCUCCACGUGAUGAUGGUGUCAUUGAGACUGCUGCCAGCAUCACAUCUGAGAAUGAGCUGUGAGGGAAGGAAGGAGACACUGCUUGUAGCUGCUGCCAUGUGUCAUGCCAUUUCCACACUACCGGCUGCUGUACUAUCUGUGUUAAGAUGAGGCAAAUUCUGAUAAUAGCUACUUGCUGUAUUCAUUCCUACUUGAUAUAAACUGAAAAUUUGUCAGGUAAUAACAAAUAAUGUAGUGUUAUUAUUUAUAGAAUCAUGCAGCUACUGUCAAUCAUUUUAGAACUUAGUUUUUAUUCAAUGUACCCAUGUGCCUAUAUCAUUAUAAAAUGUGUACUACUUUCAAUAAGAGAUAAAUUAAUGGAAUUUGCUGUGCACAAUAUAACAAUCAGGAUUUGGACCUUCAGGUAAGGCUGAUGAUCAAUUGCAGACAUAAUGUUUCAAUAGUUUUCUUUAUAAGUACAACUUGCUGUCUUUUUUUUUUUUUUUUUUUUUUUUUUAGGGCGGUGGCAUUAUAUAGCUGACAACUGAAGACCAGAAGCUUAUGUUAAUUA